GGGUGCUCGGAGGCAUUGCAAACCCGGGAAACAAAGUGUCCAGGGAGAUGCGGAGUUGGCCCAGAUUUCCCUUGCAGACGGGCUUGCGGAAACGCCUGUGAUGGGAACUUUGUGCAGAUCGUGUAAUUCUUCCUGCAGGAUGCACUAAGAGAAGAGGAUCCUUACUCACCAGGCAUGGAGAGCAGUUUAUCAGUUUCUAGCAUGCAGGACCCUUCCUCUUCACCCUUGGAGAAACAGCAGAGCUCAGCAAGCGGUAAUGGAGGUCUCGAUUCAGAAGAAGGUUCAAGCCUGGAGGAAAUUGGCUUUAACUGGGGAGAAUAUCUGGAAGAAACAGGUGCCAGUGCAGCUCCUCACACCUCCUUCAAACAUGUUGAAAUCAGCCUUCAGAGCAACUUCCAGCCGGGGAUGAAACUGGAAGUGGCCAAUAAGAACAACCCAGACACGUACUGGGUGGCCACCGUCAUCACCACCUGCGGGCAGCUGCUGCUCCUGCGCUACUGUGGUUAUGGCGAGGACCGCCGGGCCGACUUCUGGUGCGACGUGGUGAUAGCAGAUCUGCACCCCGUGGGGUGGUGCACACAGAACAACAAGGCCUUGAUGCCCCCGGAUGCAAUCAAAGAGAAGUACACAGACUGGACGGAGUUCCUCAUUCGUGAUUUGACUGGCUCCCGGACAGCACCUGCCAACCUUCUAGAAGGUCCUCUGCGAGGGAAAGGCCCUAUAGACCUCAUUACAGUUGAUUCCUUAAUAGAACUUCAGGAUUCUCAGAGCCCUUUUCAGUACUGGAUAGUUAGUGUGAUUGAAAAUGUUGGAGGAAGAUUACGCCUUCGCUAUGUGGGAUUGGAGGACACUGAAUCCUAUGACCAGUGGUUGUUUUACUUGGAUUACAGACUUCGACCAGUUGGUUGGUGUCAAGAGAAUAAAUACAGAAUGGAUCCACCUUCAGAAAUCUAUCCUUUGAAGAUGGCCUCUGAGUGGAAAUGUGCUCUGGAAAAAUCCCUCACUGAUGCCGCACAGUUUCCUCUUCCGAUGGAAGUAUUUAAGGAUCAUGCAGAUCUGCGAAGCCAUUUCUUCACAGUUGGGAUGAAGCUAGAAACAGUGAAUUUGAGCGAGCCCUUUCAUAUCUGUCCUGCAUCAGUGACCAAGGUUUUUAAUAAUCAUUUUUUUCAAGUGACUAUUGACGACCUCCGAGCAGAACCUAGUAAACUCUCGAUGCUGUGCCAUGCUGAUUCUUUGGGAAUUUUACCAGUCCAAUGGUGCCUUAAAAACGGAGUCAAUCUCACACCUCCCAAAGGUUACUCUGGCCAGGACUUCGACUGGGCAGAUUAUCACAAGCAGAAUGGGACAGAGGAAGCACCUCCCUUCUGCUUCAGAAACACGUCAUUCAGUCGGGGGUUCACCAAGAACAUGAAACUUGAAGCUGUCAACCCCAGGAACCCAGGAGAGCUCUGCGUGGCCUCUGUUGUCAGCGUGAAGGGGAGGCUGCUGUGGCUUCACCUGGAAGGUCUGCAGACUCCUGCUCCAGAGUUUAUUGUUGACGUGGAAUCCAUGGACAUCUUCCCAGUGGGCUGGUGUGAAGCGAACUCUUACCCUUUGACCACACCACACAAAACAGUCUCACAAAAGAAGAGAAAGAUUGCAGUUGUGCAACCAGAAAAACAAUUGCCAUCCACAGUGCCUGUUGAGAAAAUACCUCAUGACCUCUGUUUGUUGUCUCACCUGGAUACCACAGGUACUGUCAACGGGAAAUACUGCUGUCCUCAGCUUUUUAUCAACCACAGGUGUUUCUCAGGCCCUUACCUGAACAAAGGAAGAAUCGCAGAGCUACCUCAGUCGGUGGGACCCGGCAAAUGUGUGCUGGUUCUGAAAGAGGUUCUCAGCAUGAUAAUCAAUGCAGCUUACAAGCCCGGGAGGGUGUUGCGAGAACUACAGCUAGUGGAAGAUCCUCACUGGAAUUUUCAGGAGGAGACGCUGAAGGCAAAGUACAGAGGCAAGACGUACAGGGCCGUGGCCAAGAUCGUUCGGACAUCCGACCAAGUUGCAGACUUCUGCCGGCGGGUUUGCGCCAAGCUAGAAUGUUGCCCAAACUUGUUCAGUCCUGUGCUGGUUUCGGAAAACUGCCCAGAGAACUGCUCCAUCCAUACCAAAACCAAGUACACCUAUUAUUACGGAAAGAGAAAGAAGAUCAUUAAGCCCCCAAUCGGGGAAGCCAGCGCCGAGAGCGGGCACCCGAAGCCAGCCAGACGAAGGAAGCGGCGAAAAUCCAUCUUCGUGCAGAAGAAGCGGAGGUCUUCCGCCGUGGAUUUCGCCACGGGCUCGGGGGAGGAAAGCGAGGAAGAGGAUGCGGAUGCCAUGGACGAGGACACUGGCAGUGAGGAAACCAGCUCCGAGCUCCGUGAUGACCAGACGGACACCUCUUCGGCCGAGGUGCCCUCCGUGCGGCCCCGGAGGGCAGUCACCCUGAGGAGCAACUCGGAGCCGGAGCGCCGGCCGCCCAUGGAGAGGCCGCGGAGGGCCCGGCGGGUGCAGGCGGCCUCCCAUGCCGAGGAGGCGGACCAGGGCACGGCCACUGGCCACGACCCUGUGGAGGACGCAAAGCAAGAGGACGAGGAGAGACUCGUUCUGGAGAGCAACCCGUUGGAGUGGACGGUGACCGACGUGGUGAGGUUCAUCAAGCUGACCGACUGCGCCCCGUUGGCCAAGAUAUUUCAGGAGCAGGACAUUGAUGGCCAAGCGCUCCUGUUGCUGACUCUCCCCACGGUGCAGGAGUGCAUGGAGCUGAAGCUGGGGCCCGCCAUCAAGCUGUGCCAUCAGAUCGAGAGAGUGAAAGUGGCUUUCUAUGCCCAGUAUGCCAACUGACGCUGUCCUCUUGGGGGGCGAUCCAUGGUCUCGGUGACGCAGCGUCUCGGGAGGGUUAGGGAUCGCAGCUUCGUUUUGCUGGACUGUGAGAUGGUACAUGCACUAAGUAGCACCGAAAAGCGGGAAGCAGGGAGGGCCCUGCUCAUGCUCCUGCUCCUGCCUGUUUGCAAGCAUGCCACUCCUGCAUGGCCAUGUUUGCAAGCAUGCCCAGGACCACCCCAGUGGCUUCUGGACAGUGUUGGGCACCGUGGAAAAUGGAAGAGCCUCUUUGUACAUCCACGCCUCGCCUUGCUCCAUCUGGAAACCAGGCAGCUCCCCACUAAGGGCUCUCUUCGACCACAGCCCCCUUUGCUUUGAAAACUAAGGCACACAGGCCUUUUGUCCAUGUGCCCAUGGAGGCCCCCCGGCUGGUCAUUCUGCUGUGGUUGUUACAAACACUUCUUCAGUAACGAUGCACAUGUGGCUACGGCCGCGUGGGUGUCACUGCAAUUUGAUCUUGGGGGCGACUUAGUUCCCCAAUGCACUUGUUCCAGGUUGAGGUUAUGAAAGGAUGGGCUACACCUGCGUCACCUGUCAGAGGUGCCUUUUAGGAAGCAGGGGGCACGAAGGCAGGCAGCAUGUCAUCACAGAGAGACCGUUCUUCCUGAGGGAUGGACCCCCAGAGCCUGUAGAGGGUUCCGUUUGCAAUCUCUUAGAGAACUUCACACACUGCUAACUUUCUCAUUUAAUUGUGACCAGAUCAGGGAGUCAUUCCUUUAGUCUGUUGGGAAAUACUGAGCUGUGUAUCGAAAGAAAAGCUUAAUUUCAGAGAGGAGUGGGAAAGGCAUCAGGAAGCUUUUAAUAAACCAGCUGCAUCCCCUUGGAGGACCCUGCAAUGAGUCUCUUGAUGAGGCUGGCUUUGAGUGCGCUCCAUCAGCCCGGCCCUGGGAUGGCUAUGGAGGAGGCGGGCACUCCUGGUGGGAAGCACGUCAGCAACCUGGGCCGGCCCUGCUCUCCCGCUGGCCCGGCUGAUGCCAACCGUGACCCUGGAUGGCGGGAUCACUCUGGAUGUCCCUGUCCACCUCCUGCUCCUGCUAAAGGCGAGUUCUGAUCUGCCCGGAUGAGACACAAGAGGUGAAGAAGACUCGUGUCACCACUGUGUUUACACUCUCCUGUAGCCCACUCUGGUUUGGAGGUUCCUGAUGACAUUUAUCAGGCAGUUCUCAUUACGUCGGUUGUGUCACCUGUGGAGAGAUCUGAGGCUCUGAGAAUUGGCUGGGAUUUUGUUUUGUUUUGUUUUUGUACCAGUCACUUCAUCUGCGUUUGCGUGUGAGGGACCCAAUGCGCUCAGUGAAACCCGAAUGGAUGGCUCCCCUCUGUUGUGGUCAGUGGCCCAAAUGCUUUUGGAAAUGGGCGCAAGGAAAGCAGACCUUUGGAUUGUCCCUCAGGGGACACGGAAGGGGAGCCUGCCCUACUGCUACGUUUGUACUGUAAUUAUCUUGAUCUCUCUUCCUUGAUUAGAGUCUCAGCAGCUGCAGUGACAUCGUGUGGUAGGCUUAUUAGCUAUCACAUUUCUGCUGUAUUUUUACGGCAUGAUUAUCUGUCAGAUUUUGCAAAGUUAGGUUAUUAAUGUUGACCUUUACUCACACUGUGUUGCUGUUACAGACGCAAACAGGAAGCCUAUUUUGGAGGUAACUUUUUACUCCGCCCCCACACCUGGCUGAUUUCUACCAUGUUUUAAAUGUUUGGCAAGUGGGUUUGCCUGGGGACCAGCGACGGAAGGACCAGUGUCCUACACUGGCACUGGCAGUGUGGCCAGGUUGGGAGCAUCCGUGCUGACUGGCCCUUGGCUUGCGGUUGGGCUUCCGGCUCCUAGGCUGAAGCAUCGGUCUCCUCCUGGGUUCCUGCCCCUGCCUCCUCAGCCACAUGCUUUUGGCCUUAAACGCUCAGCCUGGUGGAGUCUGUCGGAAAGAGCACCCAUUUUGAGAUCUUUGGCUUCAUCCCUGCACUGACUCACUUAGGAUCCUUCACCGUGGCCUUUCUGAGCUGAGCUAUUCCUGUUGUAUCUGGAACAAGAGCAGAGGGUUGUGGUGGCUGCAACGUGGCACUGUAUUCACAGGAUGCGUGUCCCCUUCUUGUGCCCUUUCUGGUAGAGGUACAGAGGAGGAGGUGCUACAUCGCGGAGGCAUAUGUUGCAGGCAUCUCUGGAGCCCCCCGGCCCCCUAGAGGAUCUGGAAGGAUCUCCCACUGGCAGGCUGGGCGAGAUGCGGCCACCGUUGCUGGCGAAGCUUCCUGCCUCCCAAAGGGCUGCGCACCCAAGACGCCCCAACUUCAGUCUCUUUCUGGGUGGCAAUCGGUCUCUUCACCCCCUUCCACUUUCUCGUGAGGGAGGAAGACGUAGCUGGAGCCAGAGGCCGAGGGCCCAGCUCUGGGGUCUCCCCCAUGAAGGCUGUGUGUGCCACCUCCUGGCCCUCUGAGAGCCAAGAAACCCUUCCAGGACCCAGAAGAUGCUUUUGCUGUCAGUGUCACCAGCAUCCUCCUGAACUUGGACCCUCUGCGGACUUGCACUGGUGGGUGCACUUCACGUGGGUAGCAACCUGGCUAUGGAAUGGGAAGGUGGCGUCUGUUUCUCUGUAGGAUUCACCCCCCACCAGCUUCUGUCUCAUAAAUAGGGCCGAUUUCCAAGGAACCUUUACCUCGUGGUUACUGUGUCUCUUAUGGCAGGAAAUGCUGAUUCUACACGCCCCACCCUGGGUACCACCACAGCCCCAGGCCAGACAUGUGUCGGCUGGAACACCGACAAGUGAUGCCCACCUCCUCCAUCCCCAGAUGCCACAACCUCCACUCUGUCUCUGUGAUGAUACUUUGGGACCAAAGUCCUGUGCUCUGAUUACCUGGGUCCUCGAUGCACCCUGCCACGCGUUACCUCCUGGAGCUGGAUGAGAAGCGUGUAUCAGCUCUCCCAGCCAAGUAGACACUUCGCCGUCUGUACAGUGUGAGGCAGAAAUACCACCUUGCCUUUAAUGGUGGGAGUCAUCACGCAAUCCCAUCCCAAAACUGCGGGAGCUUGUCCAGCUCCUGCCUUCUUGACCGCAUCUGUACUGUAUUGGGAAAGUAUCCCAUCCACAAGAGGAUAAACCUAAAAAAAAAAAAAAAAAAAAAAAAAAACCUAAAAGGAACAGGGUACGGCUGGCAUUGCAAACGAACUUCUUUGCUUUUCAAAAACAAACCAAAAAAGAAAAAUGGAAACCAGUUCCCUUCCAGUUGCAUAGUACAGAGAACUCACCCAUCACUUUUAAAAUUUGGUCCAUUUGAUCAAAGGUCAACUCACACACACACAGUGUUUGGGCUGCACGGCCAUUAGGUUGCUUUACCUUAUUUGAUCGUAUCUGAAAGAGUUAUUUCCUGUGUUUGCUUUGAUUGGCUCCUCAAUAAAUUUAAAUAACUCAGACCUUUGACACUGACCCCCCACCCACCCGGCUGUCAUCUCUGGGAGGCUGAUUUGGGUCGGUGUUUGAAGCUCAGUCAGAGUGUCCUAACUUGUCUCUCAGAAAUUCUGAGUGUUGCAGCGGGCAAGUUCUGAGAUUUGCCUUUUAUCUUAGACCAGACACCUUCCUAAGAGCCGCCCUCCUUUCAUUUUGCAAGCACUGGGGGUUUUCAUACUUUCUUGCGUAGAACACCCGUUUCUGUUUAUUUCUGUACAUAGAUCUAUAAAAGCCGUAGCGUUAAAAUCUUUGUUGUGGUUUGAGUAACAUUGUUGCCUUUUCGGUUGAGAUGGUGAACCUAGGAUCCAAGUACUCUGUUCUGUCCUUAGAAAGCUGUGAUCGAGUGUGCAAUUGUUUUUGAAGGGAACAAUAGUAAAUUAAAGUCCCUGUAGUCUUUAAGGAAGAAAUUGUGGAAGAGAUAGACAGACUGCCCGUGUCUCUUGGUGCAAUAACUAAUAGCAAGGAAAAGUUCUAUUUGCAACUAUGACGAACUAGUGAUCCUCUUAUUCAUUUACCGUUCUUUUCUGUUCAAGAGUUUUCCGGAAAUUGCUUUUGUCCCUUUAACUCGGUUAAGUAUUUCAGUUGGUUCUUCUAGCUUUUAUCACUAGAGUUGGUUGACAAGUAGCCAAAAACAUGGAUGUGAUAAAACCAAAUUGUGCUGGUUUUGAUCCACUUAAUCUAAAAAUUGUACUUGCUGACACGGUGGCUGCUUCGGGUGUGGGUCAGAAGCGCCUCUAGUUCCAGCGAUGAGUACUAACCCAGACGGUUCCCUGAGCGGCGGUCUUGCCAUCGUCCUGGCUGGUUUUCAAUGGCAAGGAUUCCGUACCAGCAAGCACACAGGUCCGGUCAUGCAGCCAUGCCACGGCACGGCUUCAGGUGGGCCUGACGCAUACCCCGAAGGGAAGGCAAAGUUCUGGGACCAGCAUUUGCUGAAAACCAGCUUAAGAUGGGAAAUUGGAGAAAAAAAUUUUUUUUAAUGACAGAAGAAAAAAAUCAUCUCAUUCGUUGUUCACAAUGGGAGCAAGCAUGAUAUCCAGAAGCAUCAACUGUCCCUAGUCGUGAAUGUCAGAAGCCCUUUUCCCGUUUUUUGCAUUCCAGUUUGAGUAGUUGGUAUUGAAAUUUGAUUCCUAUCUUGUGUACGGUUCGGUGUGUAAAAGGAAAAAUCCAUGUUUUUACUUUUGGGAUGUGCAGGACAAACGGGCAUGUUGUUGGUUUGUUGUAAGAUUGUAUUCUGUAUAUAUGUUUCCAUGUAAAUAAAUGAAAAUCUAUAUCAGAGUUAUAUUUUAAUUUUUAUUCUAAAUGAAAAGAAACCCUUUUUACUUGAAAAAAAGUUGUAAGCCACAUUGUUAAUAAA